AUUAAUGAGCAGUCUCUCCAAAAGAAGACAUCACAACCUCAUUCCUAACACAGAAAGUUAUUUAUUUCAAAUACAGUUUCAGGGGGCAAAUCAGGAGGCUCAUUCGACAGAGGAAAAUCCAGGAGAACGAGAUAUGCCUGAAUGAGACACAGCUUCAUCAUCAAUUUGAGUACACUGUGGCAGCAUCCCCACAUCAGAUCCAUCAACUUGGCAGGUUAAAAAUGCCACUCUUUGGUUGGAUGAAAUGGCCAAAAAACAAUUCCUACAAACCUACACACUAUGCUGACUCAGAUAUAGUGACAAAGACUCUGCUUCGGGAAUUAAAAUGGCAUCUAAAGGAGCGAGAAAGAUUCAUACAAGAGAUUGAAAAUGAGCAAAAAGUGAAAAAAACAGGUGUGGAUUAUAACUGGCUUAGAAACUACCAGAGUCCCCAUACAACCAUCCCAGCUGCAGAGCAAAGACAACUCGAAGUUCUUUGUUCACAAGUUCAUCCUUGCCAAACUGGAACUAUUCUCAGCAGAUUUCGAGAAGUUCUAGCAGAAAAUGAUGUGCUGCCAUGGGAAAUAGUCUACAUCUUCAAGCAAGUUCUGAAAGACUUCCUCAGUAGUCCUGACAAAGGGACUCAGCAGGAGGGCCCACAGCACUCCUGGGACACAGGCUGUCCCCCCGACUCAGCACUCCCAGGUGAAAGCUCCAAGAGUCCAGAAAAAGAUGAAAUACCCACCAUCUCAAGUUACGUAGACAGGAACAGCAAGAACAGGUUCCCAGCAUGCUCGUACAGAAUAUGGAACCUACCGUACUACUACCCACCAAGUUAA